CGGCGCCUAUGAAAGUCUUAUAUAGUGACGGGUUUCCUCUGGAUCGGGAAUUUAGGCAUCAGCUUCUAUUCAGCACCAUUUCAUCUUAAUACACCUUACUUAAGCCCCUUUUAAACCUUCUCUGGCGCCUGUUAAGUUGAUGCGAUCUCGGGGAAAGUCAGUAGGCACAAUGUCUAAUUCGUCAGCAAGUAGUCACGAAGGCAACGUCUUUGCAAGCAGAUUCGGGCCAAAACUUUGCAGUUAUUGCAACGAGUUCCUUUCUAAUGUUGAAUUGAACUUUGAUCAACUUAAUGGUACCGGAAAUGUGGCAUCUGAGUAUUAUCAUAAUAUACACAAAUCAGCCAGAUCCGGUUGCCAGCUCUGCAUUGUAAUAAGACAUGAUAUCAUAGACCCCGAGACGGAAGUUUGGAAUGAGACGAUGCUCAGCGCAGCACAAAACCGGGGUUCCUCAUUUGCGAUAUUUUUAAAGUCUAUAACGACGGCUUACUCUAUACGAAUGUAUGCAAAACUGCACGAAACCAUUUCUUACCCUGGCACUUCGCGCCGACAGAGGGUACGUGAGGAGUUAACAUCCAUACAAACAUACCACGACCUAAGUUAUACGCCCCCGCAUUCAACGGAUAACGAAACGGCAUGGAAACUAUGUGAUUCUUGGAUAGAGAACUGCAUAAAUCACCAUGGCAGAUGCAACAGCUUCCGCCCCUACCCAUGGUAUCCGACGAGGCUUUUGUAUAUCGGCCAUCUUCCUAAUGGAUAUCUCACCGAUGAAGAUCUCAGCUCCCUAAAUAUACAACUUCACUUAACACAAGACAAGCCACCUAAAGGGGGUUACAUGACACUUAGUCACUGUUGGGGUAUUAUCGCUUUCGAGAUGCUGAAGCUCACGAGCGAGACUUAUGAAGAUCGACUAAAGAAUGGAUUUUUAUACAGAGAACUCCCCAAGACAUUCCGAGACGCUGUCCGUCUAUCGCGGUUUCUUCAUAACGACUACCUAUGGAUUGAUUCGUUAUGCAUUAUCCAAGGCUCUGAGGACGACUGGAUACAUGAGAGCAAAGCUAUGGUCGACGUAUAUCGACAUUCAAAGUGCAAUAUCGCAGCGACAGCAGCUGAAGGACCAACCGAAGGCUGUUUCUACUCCCGGGAUCCUACUAUAGUUUCUCCCCUAGAAAUUAUACUACGAAUAGGGGGGGUAGAAGAGAACCCUAUCACAAAGAGAUACCUCAUCAGUUCCCGAAGAUUCUGGGGUAGGAAUGUCGAGGAAGCACCACUAAACAAGCGAGCCUGGGUUUUUCAAGAACGCGCACUAUCACCGCGACAAAUCCAUUGCGCCAAAGACCAACUGCUUUGGGAAUGCAACCAAACAACUGCAUGCGAAACAUUUCCUUUCAUUUUCGAACCUUACGUCGAUUUUGACGAGCGCCGAGCUCCCUUAGCUAUGAAUCUAACAAGCCUAAAUCUUACAUUAUCAGAAAUGUCUAGGUUAAGAUUUUCUGAAACGAGGCAUGAUCCGUUCCCAGGUAGUUUUAUUAGUUAUCCCAAGGAGUCACCUUUUUCCAUAUAUAGUGACGUACCUAGAUUUGAGAGGACAUUAGCACAUCUUGAAAGAUUCAACAUAGACGAGAAGAUCGAGCUCUUGAGACGCGACCUAUUCCUGGACUGGAUGACCAUAAUCUCCGAGUAUUCAACUCUAGAAUUGACAUAUAAAACCGACAAGUUAAUAGCAAUCUUUGGGAUUGCGUCUCGAGUCCAGGAGGCUCUUAAAGAUAUGGAUAUUUACGUCGCAGGCCUAUGGCGCUCGCAGCUUCCGUGGAUGCUUCUUUGGUGGACUAGGAUGUCCGAUGUGCCACCCUCGUAUGACUGCGGUCCUUCGUGGAGCUGGGCUAGCUUUGACAGACAAGUUUAUUUUGACGCUAUCCCACACCCUCAGGACCGUGUCCUAAUCAAUGUUGACGAGGCCCAUGAUGGGCAUACGGCUGCCAAACAAGGUGCUGUUAAUAGCCAUAGGGCAUCUUACUUAAAACUACGAUGUCUCCUUUACAAGAUCGAGCCAGACAUUGCAGCAAAUAGCGGCAAGCAUAGCGUAACAAGAUUCAUAACGCCAAUAAACCCAAGAUUGGGGUUUCGUCCGAGAGCCCUACAUCUAGACUGUAUAGAAACAGUCGAUUAUUGGCAUCAGGCAUAUAUUAUACUUGUCGUUGAUCAACGGAUAAAAAAUAUGAUAUGGGGCUUACUGGUACGCCUUUGUAAAGAGGAAGCGGACUGUUAUAGACGCAUUGGUGUAUGUUGGAUCGAUCCAGAUACUGAACCCAAUCUAACCGAACACGUGCGGGAGGCUACGGAUGAGGAUAAAGUAAGAAUAACCCUCAUCUAGGUUAGGUAGUUUACUAGGAACGAGCACUACUCACGAAAAGGAAGGGGGACGGUAGGCGAGAGCGAACAAGACUUGUUUAUAUUAAACGUCCCUAUUCCUAUUCCCCUAUUACAACAGUACGUAGUCUGCCACUGCUAAGAAAUCCACGGCCUUAUAAAC